AAUUGGGCGUUUGGUGCUGGCGGACUUGCGAAAUACAAGGCAAAAGCAAACUGGGAGGAAGGUGACGGUUUUUGAACAUUUACAUGUGAGUGAGCGAAGACGUGAAGUAACCGCGGCGGAAAGUCGGUUGUCUUUCGUAUCGGGUGUUGCAUAGGGCGUGUGGGCGAGCCUGGCUCACAAAAGUAAGCAUUAAUCACGGCGGUUGGCUUCUUUCGUUUCGUAGGAGUUCUGGGCAAGUUGCUGUUCGCCAUAACGGGCAGGUUGCUGGGACGGCACAGCACCACCGCGCAAGAUGAAAGAAAGACAUCUCAUCUAGAGUUGAAUCAGCACAAAAGACCGUGGUCAGCAUCUGGUCGGACUGCGCCAAUUGUUGCACUUCCUGGUGUGCCCGAGUUUCGAAUACACAAUUAUUGCGAACAGUUGGAUUUUGGGAAUAUCGAUUUUUCAAAAUCGAUCAGAAUUUCGACUCCUUUGGUGCUGGGAAAGUUUGAAGCGAGCCCCCCAGCGCUUCGUGCCUUUUGUGUUUAGCGAACUAAUUGAUCGCGAAUUGCAGUGCGUGUUAUUUUAAUGAAUGACGGUCACGACUCGGUGCACAAAGUAGAGAUUCUGUAAUUCAGCUCAUCGAUACCAACGGGCUGCCGAACGAAUAUCUGGAAUAAAUCAGCCGAACGGCUUCUGGUACGGUAAAUCGGAGUCGCAGUUCUAGCCAGCACCAUGAGUUCGUCGGUGGUGACACGCAGCGGAGCUCAGAAGGCGAAGAUCCAGACACGGGCUGCCGUCAAAGCUAUCGAGUCGCGGAAACCGAGUGCUGCUCUCCUGGAGGCUAAAAGGAAGGCAAAAUUGAAAAUGAACGGACAGAAGACGUGUGACGAAGUGCUGAUUAAGGACAUCUUCCAAAAUGCUCAAAGUGCAGUGAACUCGGUUCGAGGGGAAACUGGGAUAGUUUACGAUGAGUCGAUGUCGGAACACAGAUGCUUGUGGCGGCCUAAUCAUCCGGAAUGUCCGCAGCGGUUUAUAAGUAUCAUAGAAAGAUGCAAUGAAUUGAAACUAUUUGAUCGAUGUAAGAGAAUUCCACAACGAAAAGCUACAAAGGAGGAGAUCCUUCUAAAGCACUCUGAGGAGCACUAUGAGACCCUAAAAUCAACUUCAGGAUCAACAGACGCAGCACAUUUAGAGGAUUUAUGCUCCCAUUAUGAUGACGCUUAUAUCCACCCUUGCACGUUUGAAACUGCAAAACUGGCUGCAGGAUGUACGAUUGACUUGGUGAACAACAUUAUGAGUGGAAAGGUACAAAAUGGCAUGGCUAUCAUUCGACCGCCCGGUCACCAUGCAAUGAAGUCCGAAUCGAACGGAUAUUGCAUAUUUAAUAAUGUGGCAAUAGCGGCACAACAUGCGUUGGAUAAUUUGAAAUUGAAUAGAAUUUUAAUCGUUGAUUGGGACGUCCACCAUGGACAAGGAACGCAACAACUGUUCUAUGAUGAUCCUAGAGUUGUAUAUUUUUCAAUACAUCGAUUUGAAUACGGUACUUUCUGGCCAAAUCUGCAUCAAUCUGAUUUUGAUUACAUCGGAUCUGGGAAGGGCGAAGGUUUCAACUUUAAUUUGCCUUUGAAUAAAAAGGGAAUGACCAAUGGGGAUUAUAUGGCAAUAUUUCAACAGAUUUUAUUGCCAGUUGCAGUUGAGUUUUCUCCUCAACUUAUUAUUGUUAGUUCGGGUUUUGAUUCGGCUUUUGGAGAUGUCAAGGGAGAAAUGGAAAUAACCCCCGCGUUUUAUUCACAUCUUCUAAACCCACUGCUAAGUUUAGCAAAUGGACGUGUAGCUGUAGUCCUGGAAGGUGGCUACUGCAUAGAAUCUCUUGCGGAGGGAGCUGCACUAACUCUCCGUAGUUUAUUGGGCGAUCCAUGCCCCAAUUUCGAACCAUUGGAUACGCCUUGCGAAAGCAUUCAAGAUUCUAUCUUGAAUUGCAUUUACGCCCAUAGGCCCUACUGGAAAUGCUUACGAGUUCAAUCGGUGUAUUCAGAAGAAGAGUUGAACAACAUCAAUCCACAACCAGAUUUACACAAGGUGAUUCAAAAGUUUGAGGGAGUGGAGUUGAAAGUAGAUCGGUACGACACAAGACCUGAAGAACAUCCGAAGGACGAAGUGAAAGAUAAACGGAUAAAGGACCGUUUAUGCCAUUUGAAGCUUAUAACGAAACUUACGUUUCCAAACACGCGUCUUUGUUUUGUCUAUGACGAUUUGAUGACGGAGCAUGAAAACUUAUUCGAGAAUGGACAUCCAGAGCAUCCAGAUCGAAUAAAGAAAAUCAGGGAUCGCCACGUUGAAUACGGAUUGUUCCAUCGAAUGCAGAAACUAAGUUCGCGAUACGCAACUACCGAUGAGUUGUGCCUGGCCCACACCAGAGCACAUGUGAACCUGAUUCGACGCAGUUGCGAACGAAAUGAACUUAGGGAAAUUGGUGAUACAUACAAUUCAGUAUACUUCCAUCCAAAGACAUUUGAAUGUGCGACUUUAGCUGCCGGUUCAGUAUUGCAAGUAGUUGAUAAUGUUCUAAACGAGAAGGCUAGGAGCGGGGUUUGUAUCGUUCGUCCACCAGGUCAUCAUGCCGAAUCCGAUUUGCCACAUGGUUUCUGCAUUUUCAAUAAUAUCGCCAUAGCUGCACAAUAUGCUAUUCGGGAUCACGGGCUGAAAAGGGUUUUAAUUAUUGACUGGGAUGUCCAUCACGGCAACGGGACGCAACAUAUAUUUGAGUCUAAUCCAAAUGUAUUAUAUAUCAGCGUUCAUCGGUUCGAUAAUGGGAGUUUCUUUCCCAAAAGUAAGGAUGCUGACUAUGAUGUAGUGGGAAGCGGUGCUGGGAAAGGAUUCAAUGUGAACAUUCCUUGGAACAAAAAAGGAAUGGGAGACACGGAGUAUGCUAUAGUAUUCCAAAAUAUCAUAAUGCCAAUUGCUUACGAGUUCAACCCCGAACUAGUGCUAAUAUCAGCCGGAUUUGACGCUGCAGUCGGUGAUCCUCUGGGUGGUUGCAAAGUAACACCGGAAGCAUAUGGACACUUUACACAUUGGCUCUCGGCGUUGGCGAACGGAAAAGUGAUUGUUUGCUUAGAAGGCGGUUAUAAUGUCAAUUCAAUUUCGUAUGCUAUGACAAUGUGUUCCAAAGCGCUGCUAGGAGAUCCGCUACCUCCUAUUAACAUUUCCAACCGAAAUGUAUUGAAUUCCAGUUGCAUUGAAACAAUGCAGAAUGUAUUGUCCGUGCAAGAGAAGUAUUGGAAAAGUUUGAAAUUCAAUAAGAAACUGCCAGAUUGUGGUAGAGCUGAAAAAGAGCUCAGUCAGUUAGCUGGCAACUUAAAAAUAUCCCAAUGUGCUGAUAACGACUCUGUUGGAGGUGGAAAGGGUAGCCACAAUGAGAGUACAAGUGGUGCUAGUGGUGGACCACAACCGGGACCAAGCCGAGAGAAGCCGAAAACAUUGACUGAGUUUUUAUCUGAAAACAUACAGGCCUUAGCCAAUGAAGAAAUGUAUGCGGUCGUACCUUUGAAGAAUUGUCCACAUUUGUCCCGCUUGAAUCCGGACGAGACACCUCAAAGAAUAGUAACUUCGUCGCCAUGUUCAGGUUGUCAGUCAUCAAUUGAAAAUUGGAUCUGCUUGCAUUGCUUUCAAACAUAUUGCGGCCGUUACAUUGGUGAACACAUGCUAUAUCAUCAUCUUGAGAGUGAUCAUCCGUUAACCUUAAGCUUUAGCGACUUAUCAGUUUGGUGUUAUCCCUGCGAAGCAUAUAUCGACAAUCCCAUAUUGCACAAAUACAAAAACCUAGCACAUGUCGAUAAAUUCGGCGAGGAAUUGGUUUGGUCCUAUGGCGACAAUACCCUAAUGCUCAAUCAAAUGCCCAACUGAUAUCUAAGGAAUUUCCUUAUUUUGUUUUAUGUGGCGAUUUUAUUUCUUAACAGUUCGACUUUUCGCUAACAUUUGUUUUGUAUUGUAGGCGUGGCGUUUUGUUUUCUUUUUGAUUUUUUUAUUUAUGACUUUUUUUUAAUGAUAGGCUCUUCUCUUUUUCCAUCCAUACAUUUUUUAUUUUCCUAUAAAAAUAACAACUAACCAAAGAAUAAUAAAUGGUAUUUUAACCAAAAAGAUGUGGAAAGUGUUCUGCGUUAACGGAAUAGUUUAGAAGGAUGAACCUCAUUAGUUAGAAUCAUAUCCUAGGCGUAAUCUGUUUUAGGCUAUUUGAAAGCAUAAGUUAAAUCAACUGAUAUUGAUGCAGUUACAUUUAAUUUUUAGUGUUUAUGAAAAAUUUCUCAAUUGUUAACUCGAAUCAAACUGUACGCUUUAAGAUUGUUAACUGUAUUGUACAUAAAUAUAUACAUCCUAACGAAUUUGUUUAAUAAAACGAAUAACGAUAA